AUGGGUGUCCCCGCAUUGUUCCGAUGGCUCUCCAACAAGUACCCGAAGAUCAUCUCCCCGGUGAUCGAGGAGCUGCCCCAUGAAGUUGAUGGAGCAGAGGUUUCGGUCGACACUACUCGCCCCAACCCCAACGGUGAGGAAAUGGAUAAUCUAUACCUAGAUAUGAACGGCAUUGUCCAUCCGUGUACCCAUCCCGAGGGAAAGCCCCCGCCAGCCAACGAGCAGGAGAUGAUGCUGGAGAUCUUCAAGUAUACUAAUCGAGUGGUCAACAUGGUCCGGCCGAGAAAACUACUUAUGAUCGCCAUGGAUGGUGUUGCACCCAGAGCAAAGAUGAACGAGCAGCGCGGGCGCCGUUUCCGCUCCGCACGGGAAUACAAGGAAAAUAGCAAGAAGAAGGAAGACCUCCAGAAACUACUCGCCAAGCAGCAAGGCAAGAAGAUCAGUGACGAGGUCAUCAAGGAGCAAGUCAUUCAGAAAACAUGGGACAGCAACGUUAUUACGCCAGGAACUCCGUUCAUGGAUAUUCUCGCCGCCUCAUUACGCUACUGGAUUGCCUACAAGCUCAACACCGACCCUUCCUGGGAGAAGAUGAAAAUCAUCAUAUCGGAUGCAACAGUUCCCGGAGAAGGAGAGCACAAGAUUAUGGAAUUUGUGCGAUCCCAGCGCGCAUCGCCAGAGCACAACCCGAAUACCCGCCAUGUGAUGUAUGGUCUUGAUGCGGAUCUUAUCAUGCUAGGUCUUGCCACCCAUGAGCCUCACUUCCGGAUUUUGCGCGAGGAUGUCUUCCACCAGGAAUCGAAACCGCAGACAUGCGGGCUGUGUGGCCAAGCCGGACAUAAAGCUGAGAAGUGUGUUGGCCGUGCGAUGAAGGACAACGGAGAGCUCGAUGAGAAGCAGAACGAAACUCGCCCAAAACCGUUCAUCUGGCUCCACGUCUCGGUUCUGAGAGAUUAUCUGACUGUUGAAUUGCAUGUUCCGCAACAGCCGUUUCCGUUUGACCUAGAAAGGGCGUUGGAUGACUGGAUUUUCAUGUGUUUUUUUGUUGGAAAUGAUUUCUUGCGUCAGCUCCCGUGCCUAGAUGUUCGUGAAAACGGUGUCGAUACAUUGAUCGCUAUCUGGCGCGACAAUAUUCCAGUCAUGGGGGGUUAUUUGACCGAAGAUGGAAAUUUGGCUUUGCAACGAGCCCAAAUUAUCUUACAAGCGUUGGCUAAGCAGGAAGAUGUGAUUUUCCGACGCCGUAAGCAGAUGGAAGAAAGAAAAGUGGCCAACGAAAGGCGACGAAAGGAACAGGAACGGGCUCGCAAUGACGAGCGUGCCCUGAUGUGGAGCCGGAGUUCCUCAGUUCAUGGCUCUCCUAACAACAAUCGAUCACGCCGUCGUGGUAUUGGUCAAGCUGCCCCGACCGUUGAAGAACUGAUCAAACCCAGCCGGGGAUUCCUGUCCAAGGAGACGAGAGAGAUGACUCACAGCAUGCUGACCAACCGCGAGGCCGUCUACCGUGCUAACUUGGAGAACAAGAGUGCCCCUGUAUUUAAGAGCAGGCUCACGAAGGGCACACAAGGGGAAUUGGCGGCUGAAGAAGCUUCAAAUGCCACAAUUUCUUCUGAGCAAACCUUCCCAUCUGCUCUCGGGAAGAGAAAGGCUGAUACGGCAGAGGAGAAGGAAUUAACGGAACCCGGCACUCUACGCACGGCGUCAUCUGUCGUUCUUCCCGUGUCUCAUGUAAAGUACAAGGCGGAUGAAACGUUGGAAGACACCGUUAAGCUCUGGGAGCCGGGAUAUGCGGAUCGGUACUACGAGCAAAAAUUUGGUGUUGAUCCUGCAGAUCAUGAGUUCCGCCACAAAGUUGCGCGCGCUUAUGCCGAAGGUCUUGCCUGGGUUCUCCUCUAUUAUUUUCAGGGCUGCCCUUCGUGGAACUGGUAUUACCCGUACCACUACGCUCCCUUUGCGGCGGACUUUGUCGAUAUUGGUGGCAUGGAAAUCACGUUCGACACAGGUAAGCCGUUCAAGCCAUUUGAACUACUGAUGGGAGUUUUGCCAGCGUCGUCCAAGCAUGCGCUGCCGGAAGCUUUUCAUGAUUUGAUGACCGACCCAAACAGCGAGAUCAUCGAUUUCUACCCCGAGGAUUUCGCUUUAGAUUUGAACGGCAAGAAGUUUGUAUGGCAGGGUGUAAUCCUACUUCCCUUCAUCGAUGAGAAGCGUCUAUUGGCUGCCAUGGAGAAGAGGUAUCCACUCCUCACGGAGGAUGAACGGAGUCGCAACACGCAUGGUCAAGAGGUGCUAUUACUAUCGGGUCAACACCCACUCUAUCAAGACCUUGUCGCCAAUUUCUAUUCCAAAAAGCCGGGUCCAUCCGUGUACAAGCUCGAUAUGCGUACGAGUGAGGGCCUCGGUGGUGUGGUUGAGCGUAAUGAGACCUAUAUACCUCAUUGCUCGCUGGUCUCUCCUCUUGAGGGCCACGGCAUGCCCAGCCUCAAUGACGAUCGCGCCCUAACUGUAAACUACAAAAUUCCCAAAUUCUCACAUAUCCACAGGUCUAUGUUACUGCGGGGUGUGAAGUUUGCCAGAUCGAUAUUGAACGCAGAAGACAUUCGCGCGAUUAAGGACCGGACUCAACAUUCUGGUCGGCCACUCGCCAGUGCACCACUUAACGGCAGAGGACGAGGGGCCCGCAUGGAGUACGCAUCAGACCAGCCGAAUGCGGUCGCCGCGCAUCGUGAUCCGCGCUUCAUGUCCGGGCCGCACACUGGUUUAUCCGUGACGUCUUCCAGAUGGCUUCCUCAGGGGCCCAGCUCUGGCGACUACUUUCGGCGACCAACUCCGCCGCCACGCGCGGGCUUAUCUCAUCAACACCAACCUCACCACGGUUACCAGGGCCAACAGGGCCGCCAGAGCCGCCAAUGUCACCAGGGUCACCAGCAUGGGGACUAUUACGGGGAACAGAGUCAGCGCCACCACGGCCAACACGUACCCCACAGUGGCCACCAUGAUCUUGGCGGAGGCGGAGGUGACUACGGGAAGUAG